CGCUCCACGUGUUGCUUGUUGUGGGCGCUACAGGUUCCCCACCUGCGCGGCGCGGCGGCCGCCGGCGGGCGGAGCCCGUCCCCGUCGCUCGGGGAGAAGUGACAGGCUGGCCGGGGCUCUGAUAGGAGCCGGCCGGAGCAAUUCCCAAGGCAACCCAAGCUCGACCCCCUUCCCAGGCCCCGCCCCCUCCCUGGCGGCUGCCGCGGGUAGGAACUAGUCGGUGUGUAAAACUCGACGUGUCCGGAAAGGUGCGCGCCGCUUUCCCUUUCGCUCCGCGCCCGCCCGCCCGCCGGCACCAUGCUGGACCCGUCCUCCAGCGAAGAGGAGUCCGACGAGGUGCUGGAAGAGGAGAAGGGGGAGGUGCUGCUGGUGGCGCCCGGGGGCUGCAGCGGCAGCUCGCCGCGAGUCCUGCCGGCUCCUAACCGGGAGCCCCGCGCGAGGGAGCCGGGGCGCCAGGGCAGCGGCCCCGCCAGACCGGCGAGCCCCAGCCCCUCGGUGCUGAGCGAGGGCCGGGAGGAGCAGGAGAGGCUGCAGAAAGAGGAGAAGGAGAAGCGGCUCCGGCUGCAGCUGUAUGUGUUCAUAGUGAGGUGCAUCGCGUACCCGUUCAACGCCAAGCAGCCCACCGACAUGGCCCGCAGGCAGCAGAAGGUCCAGUUGUUCCUUAAGGUCAAGUCCUGCUGCUUUCCUGUUGUGUUCAACCUUUUAAUUAAAACUUCUUUGGAUGUUGUGCCACUGCAAUUUCUCAACAGACAGCAAUUACAGAUCCUUAAGGAGCAUUUCCAGGCCUUCCUGAAUGGAGAGACACAAAUUGUAGCAGAUGAAGCAUUUUGCAAUGCAGUGCGAAGUUAUUAUGAGGUUUUUCUCAAGAGUGACCGAGUUGCCAGAAUGGUUCACUGUGGAGGAUGUUCUGCAAAUGACUUUAGAGAUGUUUUUAAGAAAAACAUAGAAAAAAGGGUCCGAAGUUUGCCAGAGAUUGAUGGAUUAAGCAAAGAGACAGUGUUAAGCUCUUGGAUAGCCAAAUAUGAUGCCAUAUGCAGGGGAGAAGAGGACUUGUGCAAACAGCCCAAUAGAAUGGCAUUAAGUGCUGUAUCGGAACUUAUUCUGAGUAAAGAACAGCUGUAUGAAAUGUUUCAACAGAUUCUAGGGAUCAAAAAAUUGGAACACCAGUUGAUUUAUAAUGCCUGCCAACUGGAUAAUGCAGAUGAACAAGCAGCUCAGAUCCGACGUGAACUAGAUGGACGUCUACAAAUGGCAGAACAAAUGACAAAGGAAAGAAAAUUUCCAAAGUUUGUAGCGAAAGAAAUGGAGAACAUGUUUAUAGAAGAGUUGCGGUCUUCAGUGAAUUUGCUAAUGGCAAAUUUGGAAAGUCUUCCAGUGUCUAAAGGUGGCCCAGAAUUUAAAUUGCAGAAGUUAAAGCGAUCACAGAAUUCUGCUUUCUUGGACAUAGGAGAUGAAAAUGAAAUUCAGCUGUCAAAGUCAGAUGUGGUGCUAUCAUUCACAUUAGAGAUUGUUAUAAUGGAAGUGCAAGGUUUAAAGUCAGUAGCUCCCAAUCGGAUUGUUUACUGCACAAUGGAAGUGGAAGGAGGAGAGAAGCUUCAGACAGAUCAGGCAGAAGCGUCAAGGCCACAAUGGGGAACUCAAGGGGACUUCACCACUACUCACCCUCGGCCUGUUGUCAAAGUAAAACUCUUUACAGAAAGCACUGGGGUCCUAGCCCUUGAAGAUAAAGAAUUAGGAAGGGUUAUAUUAUAUCCAACAUCCAAUAGCUCAAAGUCACCUGAGUUACAUAAAAUGAUAGUCCCCAAAAACAGCCAGGACUCUGACUUGAAGAUUAAACUGGCAGUGAGGAUGGAUAAGCCACCCCAUAUGAAGCAUUGUGGGUAUUUAUAUGCUCUUGGACAGAAGGUUUGGAAAAGAUGGAAAAAACGCUACUUUGUUCUUGUUCAGGUAAGCCAGUACACAUUUGCAAUGUGCAGUUACAGAGAAAAGAAAUCUGAGCCUCAGGAAUUAAUGCAGCUUGAAGGAUACACUGUGGAUUAUACAGCUCCUCACACAGGUCUUCAGGGGGGGCGAAUGUUUUUCAAUGCUGUUAAAGAAGGAGAUACGGUAAUAUUUGCCAGUGAUGAUGACCAGGAUAGAAUACUAUGGGUUCAAGCAAUGUACAGAGCAACAGGCCAGUCAUAUAAACCCAUUCCUGCAAGUCAAGCACAGAAGAUGAAUCCAAAGGGAGGAAAUGUCCACAUGGAAUUAUCACAGCUUUAUGCAGAUCGUGCUCAGAAACAUGGGAUGGAUGAGUGUAUUUCUGCUAAUCCCUGCAAGUUUGACCAUGCUUCCCUCUUUAAAGUACUUCAGAGGCAGACCUUGGAUCAUAGAUUGAAUGAUUCCUAUUCUUGUUUGGGUUGGUUUAGUCCAGGCCAAGUCUUCGUAUUAGAUGAAUACUGUGCUCGUUAUGGUGUGAGAGGCUGUCACCGCCAUCUCUGCUACCUUAAUGAAUUGAUGGACCAUUCAGAAAAUGGUGCUGUCAUUGAUCCAACCUUGCUCCAUUACAGCUUUGCAUUCUGUGCUUCUCAUGUUCAUGGCAAUAGGCCUGAUGGAAUUGGAACAGUCUCGGUUGAAGAGAAAGAAAGGUUUGAGGACACUAAAAACCGACUUUCUUCCCUUUUAGAAAACCAGAUAAGCCACUUCAGAUACUGUUUCCCUUUUGGACGUCCUGAAGGAGCUUUAAAAGCCACGCUUUCAUUACUUGAAAGGGUUUUAAUGAAAGAUAUUGCCACUCCCAUACCAGCAGAAGAGGUGAAGAAAGUGGUUAGAAAAUGUCUGGAGAAAGCUGCCUUGAUCAAUUACAUGCGACUUACAGAAUAUGCCAAAAUAGAAGCAACAGCAGAGAAGGAUCCAGAGACCUUGAAUCAAGCAACUCCUGCUAGAAAGCUGGAAGAGGUUCUUCACCUUGCAGAGCUCUGCAUCGAAGUAUUGCAGCAGAAUGAAGAGCAUCAUGCAGAGGCUUUUGCUUGGUGGCCAGAUUUAUUAGCUGAACACGCAGAGAAAUUUUGGUCUCUCUUUUCUGUUGAUAUGGAUUCAGCACUGGAGGCACAACCUCAAGAUUCCUGGGAUACUUUCCCGCUUUUCCAACUGCUAAAUAACUUCCUAAGAAAUGACAUACUUUUGUGCAAUGGAAAGUUUCACAAGCACUUGCAAGAGAUUUUUGUUCCCUUGGUCGUCCGCUAUGUUGAUCUCAUGGAAUCAUCUAUUGCCCAGUCCAUUCAUAGAGGUCUUGAACAAGAGUCCUGGCAGCCUGUCAAGAGCAUCACCAACAGUCUUCCCAAUGUAGCUCUUCCGAAAGUUCCAAGUUUGCCUCUUAAUCUUCCACAGAUACCUAGCUUUUCUGCACCAACCUGGAUGGCUUCUUUAUAUGAUUCCACCAAUGGUUCAGCUACAUCAGAAGAUCUUUUCUGGAAACUUGAUGCACUGCAGAUGUUUGUUUUCGAUCUGCACUGGCCAGAACCAGAAUUUGCCCAUCAUUUAGAGCAGAGACUUAAACUUAUGGCCAGUGAUAUGAUAGAGGCCUGCGUCAAAAGAACAAGAAUUGCAUUUGAACUCAAGCUGCAAAAGACAAACAAAUCAAUGGACUUGCGCAUUCCUGCGUCUGUGUGUACGAUGUUUAACGUUUUAGUCGAUGCCAAAAAGCAAACUGCUAAACUCUGCAUUCUGGAUGGUGGGCAAGAGUUUGCUGGUCAGUGGCAACAAUACCAUUCAAAAAUAGAUGACUUGAUUGAAGAAACUGUUAAAGAAAUUAUUUCACUUCUCGUUUCAAAGUUUGUUUCAGUGUUAGAAGGUGUGCUGUCUAAACUAUCAAGGUACGAUGAAGGCACAUUCUUCUCAUCAAUACUUUCAUUCACUGUGAAAGCAGCUGCAAAAUAUGUUGAUGUUCCUAAACCAGGAAUGGAUCUAGCAGACACCUACAUUAUGUUUGUUCGGCAAAACCAGGAUAUACUUCGAGAAAAGGUCAAUGAGGAAAUGUAUAUAGAAAAGUUGUUUGAUCAAUGGUACAGCAGCUCCAUGAAAGUCAUAUGUAUGUGGCUGGCUGAUAGAUUAGACCUUCAGCUUCACAUCUACCAGCUGAAGACUCUCAUCAAGAUAGUGAAGAAAACCUACCGAGAUUUCAGAUUGCAGGGUGUGCUGGAAGGAACACUGAACAGUAAAACCUACGAUACUGUUCACAGCCGUCUUACAGUAGAGGAGGCCACAGUCUCCGUCACUGAUGGAGGAGGACUUCAGGGUAUCACCAUGAAAGACAGCGAUGAAGAAGAAGGAUGAUAGUGAGAUAUUUCAUCUAGAAGGUCAACACUAGGUGUUUGUUUUGUAACUUGUCCUUGUAUUUGCAUUUAUAGUUUCGCUUUACAACACUUGAGUACCAAAAAUGUAAUUCAUUCCACUUUUUUAAAUCUGAAAGCAGAAUUAUUGGGAGCAAAAGUGCCAAGAAUUUUUUGAGGACAAUGAUUUUAGCAUAUUUCAAUGUAUAGCUUUGCUUAGAACUGUGAGAAUGUUGGCAUGAAGUUUGAGUUCCACUUGUGAUUAUGUUUCUUUACCUUUUGUUAGAGUUACCAUUUGUUCCUGUAACUCCGCCAUCAAAUAGUGAUGUCCUGUGCAGAAAACAAGAUGUGUGCCUCACAUAAUACACAAUUAUACAGGAAAUCAUUCUUGGAAUAAUUCAGUGCCCUUGUUAAAAAAGUGUGUUUUCAGGAUUACACUUUACAUAUUUUUUUCUUGUUUUGUACUUAAUUUUUCAUUAUUGUGUGAUGUGCAUUAAAAACUUAAAUCUUGGUUCACGGUGCUUUCAGUUUGGUGUAUAAAUAAGAAGACUCCAGGGACUACAAAAUGCACAUAGACUACUUACGAGUGUUGUGUCUUGUUUCCCUACAUUCAUCUCGCAAGUUUAAGGAUAUCUCAUCAUGCUGAAUGUCAGUAAGCUUGCCAUCAGUGUUUCUAUUUCUAUGUGAAAUUUUGCAGGCAAUAAGAACACAUUUUAUCAUGACUGCGUCUGUAUCUAUCCAAGUUUGUAUAGAAUUCUAAAAUUAAACGAUGUUUUCAGUAUUUCAAAUCA